CGAAAAAGCGCCAACAUGCUUCGACACAAGCGUCGCCGACUGCUGUCAAGUGACGGUGGUUCUCGAAGCAUUGAGAGCGGCGAAGAACCAUUGGACACGCUUCAUGAUCAUGCUGUGAACGAUGAUGCCGUCAUGGACGACACGCUUGCAGCGAUCCAUGUGCUACUCAGUCGAUACCAUGCAGAGUUUGCUUCUGUGGGCUUGCCAUCUCUCGUGCUAUGGCACCAAAUCUACUGUCUCGUGGACAAUCGCACUGCCGUCGACCAAAGCAUCCAACGCAUGCGAACCAACGGGUUGAUCUUGACUUUGCGCAUUUCCCUUCCAGGUGGUGCUGUCCGUAGGUCCGCACGCCACCGCCAUCAUGUUAACGUCAGACUACAUUGCGUUUAUGCUGCAAUACACCAAACAACACCGUGCCACGCGUAUCUUUGCCAAAGUGCUUCGUCAACUCACAAAGUCGCCUGUCGUCGCCGCCACAGCCUUUAUGGACGCCGUCCAAGCGCUCUUUCGAUCGCGGAACCGGCCGCCACCGCCUACCUCAAUGCUGGACCUCGACCUCACGUACCCCACCCGCCAACGUUCGUGGCAAAAUCAGAGAGGGUAUAUGUGUGUAGCCAUCUCGUUCAACGCGGAUUUUUGGUGGCAACGACCAACCUUGAAGUGAAGCAGUUUUAUUUUUCGUUGCCCCGCCUCGGCAUGAUCAUCACGGGCGUCGCCCGCGCCCGCUCCGCACUCACGAGUUUGCUCAAGCGCCAGCCGUACAAACAAAUGCUCGAAGUGGACAUGCGCAAGAAGAAGCUCACGUGUUCGUGUCUGAGCAUGGACUUUCACAUCCUAGACAUGGCGGGCGCCGCCCUCGUUGGCCGCGUGCCGUCGUCGCAAACGUUCGUGCUCACGCUCAACAUCAUGGACGACGACGGCACGACCCGUUGACGUGGGUAGUACUUGUCUACUGCUUACUACCCAUGUGACUGGUUGGAGGUUGGUAACGUUAACAGUUAAACUACAUUCGGACAAUGUACUUCUAGUAGUCG